AUGCAACGACCCGGCCGAAGAUGGUUCUUCGGCUUCAUCGGUGUCGCCUUGACCUACAUAAUCCUCACCGGCAUCGGAGUACACGUCACACCAGGUGGCACCUUCAAUGAGCGGCUAGAGAAUGCACAAUGGGUCGCUAGCUCAAGAUCUUGGAUAGACCGGCAGUUAUGUCGCUGGUUUGAGUUAUGUGGGACGUAUCAUAUGUUAAAUCGGAGUGGUUGGACAUGGUCGGGUUCGCAGGACGAUGUACCUGAUGAUCUACCCAAGUUUGCCCCGUUCUGGGACUCUGGCGAGGAGGACCCGGAUACAUGGUCGCAUGCCGAAAAGGCUUCUCGUGAGAUCCCGGAUUAUGUUUUCAAGCAUGCGCCAUAUGUUCACUUGUUCUCUGGAGAACAAUUCUGGCCUAGCGACCUUGCAGAGCAUCUUACACAUAUGUCGCCACGGCUGAACUAUACGCUGAUACCGAAAAUGGCCAAUGACCGCAAUCUCACGAACUUGAACGAUCUGGAUGAUAUCGAGGCGGGCAGACAUGGUAGAUAUGUGUACCUGCAAAGUGACGACAAUGUGGAGGAACAUCCGGAUUGGCUUACGAGCCAGCACAAUAUCCCAAGCAUGCCUGAGUCGUGGAAACAUGGCGAUGAGGACGCGUCGUGGCCAGACGAUGACCAUGAAAUGAUGGCGGAAAGUGAUGUGAAGAAGACCGGCUUCUGGGACAGUGUAGGCUUACCUAGUGAUCUCACACCAAGCGACGAUGGGAGAUGUGGUGGCAACAGCGGCUCGACAUGCAAAGGGAGCAGGUUCGGUCAGUGUUGUUCGAUCAGCGGCUGGUGUGGCAAAAGCGACCUGUACUGCGAUACCUUCUGCGAUCCUCUCCAUGGCGAGUGUGCCGACCUACUGAAUCCGCCACCUCCAAACCCUCGGCCUGACCUUCGAAAGCGCAGCAUAAUAGACGAACAGACACUACAAACAAUUGAACCUGCGAACACGGCCUUCGGCCGCUCGAAAGCUCCAGCAAUCCUCCUAGUAUCUGACAAAGGCAACGGCACUGUAGACGCCUUCUGGUUCUUCUUCUACUCUUUCAACCUAGGCCAGAAAGUCUUAAAUAUCCGCUUCGGCAACCACGUAGGUGACUGGGAACACACGGCCAUCCGCUUCGUGCACGGCAAACCUACUUCAGUAUUCUUCUCCGAACACGACUUCGGCGCCGCCUAUUCUUGGGCAGCUGUGGAGAAGUAUCUUCCAAACCCUGACGGAAGCGGGACGAUGCUUGGAAGUCUAAGUAACGCGACCGUAGCGCGCGCGGCGAACAGACCGGUGGCCUACUCCGCAUUGGGUAGCCAUGCCAUGUAUGCCACCCCUGGACUGCAUCCUUAUGUAUUACCCUGGGGUCUCCUCCACGACCAAACAGACCGCGGACCGAUCUGGGACCCUACCCUCAACCUGAAAUCCUUCGUCUACAACGCCAGCACGCACACCUCGAAAGCAUCCACUCUAAACCCCUACGCACCGACCAGCUGGCUAGACUACGCGGGCCACUGGGGCGAUAAGUACUAUCCCCUCGGCGACCCACGACAGUACAGAUUUGCAGGCCAAUACCACUACGUCAACGGGCCCACUGGUCCCGCUUUCAAACGUCUAGGCAGGAAGGAGAUUUGUCAGAACAGAGGGGUUUGUCAUGUUCGGCAUUGGCUUGGGAAGGGGAGGAGGAAGUUGAAGGUGCCUGAGUCGCUACCUGCCGAUGGAGGGGGAGAUGAGGAAGGCGGGUUACCCGGUGGCAACAGCACGGACGAUGCGUUUUGA